AUGUUUGCGUCCGCCAGGGCUUUAGCCGCCCCGCGGCCUGUGUACCAGCUCAGCUGGGACACACUAAUGUCCCGGCUGAAGAACCACUACACCCCAGCGCCCUCCCGCAUCACUCGCCGCUUCGUGUUCUGCUGGUGCGUUCAGAAGCCGGUGGAAAGCAUCAGCCAAUUUCUGGAGUCGCUCCGGGUAACGGCGGCCCAGUGUGACUUCCAGAAUUUGGACGAAAAUCUGGUCAAGCAAUUUGUGUGUGGGAUGAAGGACAUUAACUUGCGAAGCCGCCUCCUGAGACACCCUCAUAUCAUGAUGCAGCAGGCCAUGGAAUCUGCCAGAGCAGCCGAGCUCUCUGAGCAGUCCACGGCCGAUAUGCAACGCCUGCAACUCUCCCUGCCACCUCCUCCAACGCUGCUUGGGUGCCCUCCGCCUGCCACACAAGCCUGCCUCAUGGACGACCUGGUGCCACCCGAAGACCCCUGCUCUGAAGUUGUUGGCCAGCUCCGGGUGCAGCCUAGGCGCCCUCCACUGCCUCCUCCAGGUGCCACGACCAGCCUGCCGCUUCACAACCGCAGCCGCGCCGCCAGCCACCGCGAGCCCGCUCAGCGGGCUGAAGACUGCCACACCAUCUACCAGCCGGAGAGUGUUGGUGAAAUGGUCAGCCAGGCGUCCGCCGGAGCCCGGAAGGUUUCCGCCGCACUCCAGCUGGAAGGUCAGCCCUGCCGAAUGGAGGUAGACUCUGGCUCCUCCCGUUCCCUGCUCUCCUGGGCCGCCUUCUCCCGCCUGUGUCCCCAUGUCUCCUGUGCCCAGCUACAACCUGUGGACACUUCCCUUAGGGACUACCAGGGGACUAUCAUUCCCACCCUGGGUUCCUUCCCUAUUUGGGUUGACUAUGAGGAUUUUCACGGCCGUUUGCCUAUUUUUAUUGUAAAAGACUCCCUGCCUGCUUUAUUGGGGCUCAAUUGGUUUCCUGCCUUGGGGCUAUCUAUCGGGGCAGUGCAUAGGGUGGUUCCCUCCUCCCUGGAGGAUGUCCUCUUAGAGUUCUCUGACGUUUUUGACAGCCAGCUGGGUUCUUACAAGGGCACCCCUAUUUCCCUCAACCUCGACCCCCAGGUUGCUCCAAUUCGGCUUAAGGCUCGCAGGGUGCCUUUUGCCUUGAGGGCUAAGGUUGAUGCUGAGCUUGAUAAGCUUCUGGUGCAGGGCGUACUCAAACCCGUCAACCAUUCGUGAUGGGAGACCCCAAUUGUGGUCCCUCUCAAGCCAGACAGGUCGGUGCAGAUCUGCGCCAACUACAAGUCAACUAUCAACCUUGCCCUCCAGGCAAACCCCUAUCCAGUCCCUGUGGUGCAGCACCUGCUCCAUUCCCUGGGGCGGGGCUGCACAUUUGCAAAACUGGAUAUGGUGCAGGCCUACCAACAGCUCCCGGUGGAUGACGAUGCGGCGGCCGCCCAGACCAUUGUCACCCAUCGUGGGGCUUUUCGUUGCCGCCACCUCCAAUUUGGCAUUUCCGUGGCCCCAGGGAUCUUCCAGAGCCUCAUGAAAUGGUUGCUCCAUGGGCUCCCUGGCGUGGUUCCAUAUUUCAAUGACGUUCUGAUCACUGCUUCCAGCCGCUCAGAACUCAUCGAAAUCCUUAGGAAGGUCUUCCUGCGUUUUAGGGGCGCGGGUUUAAAACUCAAACGCAGCAAAUGCUCGUUUGCUUUCCCUAGGGUGGAGUUCUUGGGUUUCUUGAUUGACACCCAAGGAAUCCACCCUACACCUGCUAAGGUGGCAGCCAUCAGGAACGCCCCCACUCCCUCCUCCAAGGUGGAGCUGCAGGCAUUCCUGGGGCUUUUGAAUUUCUACGCGCCAUUCGUGCCGCAUAAGGCAUCACUAGUCGAGCCGCUGCAUCAGUUGCUCGACCAAUCCAUGGCCUGGCACUGGGGCAGCCGUGAAGCACAUGCGUUCACGGCUGUCAAAGACACGCUUACGUCAGUGGCUGUCUUAGUACAGUAUAGCGACCAGCUGCCACUGACGUUAGCCUGUGACGCUCCCCCUACGGUCUGGGGGCGGUCCUGA